UGGUGUACAUUCACAGAAUAAACGGGAUUAUUACGUCGUUUUAUGAGCGCUCUUGAACGUCCCAUUCGUCAGAGUUGAGCUCACCCUCUUCGAUGUAAGCAUGCGCAGUAGAAGGCGGCCAGGGAGUGUCGGUCUUUUUGUAGGGUGAGAAGCAUCACAUUUGUUUCGAACUGGCAGGCAGUAUUUAAACAAUACACCGAUUUAUAAGCGUGGAAAUAUCAUUUUAAACAAGAAACAGAAAUGAAAAGAACAACUGGCACGGGAAUAGGAUUGUCGAACAGGUCGUUUUACAGAUUAUUUCUUUGUGCUCUGUGACUGUAGCCUGAUGUCCAAAGAAUUAGUCAUCUGUAAGACUUAGAUGGCUUAAUUCUAUUGUUGGCUGUUCAGUGAGGCAAGGCGUUGUUUAAACCGGAAAGGUGACCGCAGUGAAUGGAAACCAUUGUAUUUUAUUUGUGGAGUUCCCGCAAAGUCAAGUAGUGCAUCCAUCCAUUUUCCUACCGCUUGUCCCUUUCAGGCAUGUGCACCUUUAUUCUUAGCAUCUCAGCUAAUUAUGAAACAUGUACCUUUUAUAACCGUUAAAGUUGCAAAUGCCAUAAUCUGGACAAUGGAAUGAGCUGACACUCUUCUAAAAACCUGCAAAUAGAAUUACUGGAAUCAAGUGCAAUUAAGACAUCAGUCUGGACAUUUCUUGCACUAGAACGCAGUUGUCGGGAUGCUGAGGACCACUGCGGGCUCAGUAGAGGAGAGGGAUGAGGAGCAGGAGGAUGAAGGGGAUGAAGAGUUGAGGGAUGGAGGGGUGCCUUUCUAUGUGAACCGAGGUGGCCUCCCGGUAGAUGUGGAGACCUGGGAGAGGAUGUGGCGCCAUGUGGCUCGGAUCUAUCCAAACGGGGACACUGUGGGAAAGAGCAUCCGGGCGUCUACUGACCUGCCUAAGAUUCCUAUACCAAGUGUGCCUACAUACCACCCUACAACCCUCGUACCACAGCGCCUGGAAGCCAUACAGAAAUACAUCAGGGAACUGCAGUACAAUCACACUGGGACACAGUUUUUUGAAAUCAAGAAGAGCCGUCCUCUUACAGCGCUGAUGGACAUCGCCAAGGAGAUGACACGUGAAGCCCUGCCAAUCAAAUGCCUGGAGGCGGUGAUCCUGGGGAUUUACCUGACCAACUGCCUGCCAUCUGUGGAGCGCUUUCCCCUCAGCUUUAAGUCUCAGUUCUCAGGGAACCACUUCUACCACAUCGUGCUGGGAGUCCACAGCGGGGGACGUUUUGGCGCGCUGGGCAUGAGCCGCAGGGAGGAUCUCAUGUUCAAGCCCCUGGAGCACCGGACACUCGUGGACUUGGUGCAGGACUUUGAAGGAGCCUACAGGGGCUACUGGCACACCCUUCGUAAGGUCAAGAUUGGCCAAUAUAUAUCACAUGACCCUCACAGUGUGGAGCAGAUCGAAUGGAAGCAUUCGGUUCUGGAUGUGGACAGACUUAGCAAGGAGGAGCUGCGGAAAGAGCUGGAGAGACACACUCGAGACAUGCGACUUAAAAUAGGAAAGCCAACACCUCCUUCUCCCACCAAAGACAGGAGAAAUAGCGUGGGCUCGCCCCUCAGAGGUUCAGGAAGCCCCAUUCGUAGGAUCAGCCACAUUGAGAGACGCCACUCUGGAGAAAAGAAGGCUUUGGAACAGAAAGCAUCUGAAGACAUGGACGUGUAUCAGAUUCGAGUAUGAAAAAACUUUUUUUGCAGCUGAAUCAUAUUAGAUAAAACACUCAAAAGGGAACCAGCAACCACUACACCCACACACACUCAGUAUCAGAGUUUUUAUUUCACAAGCAUUGGUGCUGGAGAUGUUCCCAAAUGUGAAGUAUUGCGCAAAGAUGACACGUAAUCAGCCACAUAAGAAAAAUGUAUGCAUUCGGUGUGUAUGUCCAUCAAUCCAUCCAUUUUCUACCGCUUGUCCCUUUUGGAGUCGCGGGGGGCGCUGGUGCCUAUCUCAGCUAGAAUCGGCUGGAAGGCGGGGUACACCACGGACAAGUCGACACCUCAUCGCAGUCGGGUGUGUAUGUAAUACUUGAAAUAUAUUAGUAAUUUUAGUGUGUUCACUUGUGCUGUUUCCCCAUCACAUUGGACACAUGACUUUUAACGCUGACGUAAAACUACCCCUGUCUGUGCCUUGGACUUUUAAUUAAGAUAAUUCCGUGUUUAAUUUUCAAAUUAAACACGAAACAUUGGAACUUGUAUGAAAGUGUUUCAACCAUCAAUUUAGUAGGCAAAUCAUACGUUAUUUACUAUAAAUACAAGACAGAUGUCAACUGUUGAGGGAUGCAAAUAAAAAUGAAGCAUUUUUUUUAACACACUGGAUGCAACUUGCUAAAUCGUACUGCAGCUCUGUUUUCCUGUUAUCUGUAUAAAUACCUUUUAACUUUUAUUUGUAGCAACUUAAUUCAGUUGUCGCUUGCCUUAAAGAUGAGACCUCCAUGUCAUCAUAAAUGAGGUGUCAAAGUAUUUGUAUGAAAUAAGUAAAGCACUGCAUUUUUAAGAACACAUGGUACUCAAUAAAUCGCCACAGACUACA